AUGGCAUCCGUCCUUCAUUCUAACUUUAUGCCCUCAGCCAACGCCGCAAUUACAUCUUCUACAACUAGUAUCAAACAAGUCACCAUCGCCUUACUACUGGGCUACUAUUAUUUCUCCCACGACCUCUCAAGGCUUGCAUUAAGGUUAUGUGGCAUUGCUGCACGUAUGUUGAUGGAACUUGGCUUCCACAAUAGCGACAUGUUAAAUCACAUUCUCAAGACCGAUUCUCAACGUAGAGAGGCUUCUGCUAUCAUGUGCUCCGUAAUUAUACUCGAUCGUCAAUGGAGCGCUAUGACUGGCUUGCCCGCGAACUUCCCCAACGCCGCGUUCAGUCUCACGCCUACAUUCAUAGACGAUAUGCCAUAUGCAAAGGCUAUGUACAUGCUCAUUCACAUCAGCGACAGAUUUGACGAACCUAUAUCCAUCGCGGCCAGGGGAAAUACUCGUAUCGAUGAUGAUGUGAUGGAACUAUUGGUUUUCCAGAUUCAACAGUGGCAGAAAAAGUGCGUCGGGGACAAAGACCUUCCUGACAUGGAGGUUUGGUUUGAUGAACCAUCAAACUUACCUCCGUCAUGGCUGUUAUUGCUGAUCUACCGAGCUGCGUCGAUAAAGAGCCUUCUGCUACGUCCUUAUUUCUUUCCAACAUCGGAUAUAGAGAAGAGCAAACUAUACCUUCCACAGGCCAUGGAAUUAGCAGUCAGGGUCACAGGGUCACUAUUCAAACUGGACAAUGUCACGGACAUGUAUCGUAACCAGCGACCGUACUACCAGCACAUCCUCGCGUCCAUUUGUGCUCUUAUGUUUCUAGUGGCGGGCUACGUUGAGAAGCAUCGCUCAACCAUGUUACCGUAUUUGACCUCAGGAUAUGACGACCAAAUCCGUGAAUGCUUUGUACGAGCACGCAAUCUAUCACAGAAGUACGGAGAUGUGUCCACGGCCGCAAAAGAUUUAGGGAAAAGGAUUCGAGAACUUUGUCACGCUAUGGAAACGUAUGGUAAAGCACGGAGAGAGGCCUCUGAGGAAGCAAUUCCGUCUACAACCGUUGCAUUCCAAAGCAACACCACAUUUACAGGUCCCUCUGCGACAUCACAAGACAUUGGUCUUAACAAUGAGCCUCGAGAAGAGGCCUUUGUCCCUAUGACAGAUCGUACUUUCGAGGCCGAAAUGAACUCCUUCGGCGCGAACUUCGGCUUCGAGUUGCCGAUAGAAGGUGAUCAUGGUCCGCAAGAUAUGCCGCCAUAG